CAUAUAAUGUCUGGUGCUCAAGAACAACGUCCAAUCACUUUGGAGCAGACUAUGGAGGGAUGGGAUAGCUCAGCCGUGAACUAUAAUGAAGUGAUGUCGUUGUCGAGGUUUACUCAGAAGUUUGCACUGGUGGCACUUGACCAAACUAUACCUCCCAAUACAACUCUGCCAAGUGGUAUCAAGAUCAUUGAUAUUGGUGCAGGCUCAGGUGCUUUGUCAAUCCCCGCAGCCGAGCGUGUCAAGCCUUAUGGUGGCACAGUGCUCGCCACAGAUUUUGCACCAUCAAUGAUCAACGUACUCAACAAAAAGAUUGGUGGCCUCCCUAUCGAGACCAAGGUGAUGGAUGGUCAGUGCUUGGAGUGUGCCGACAACACAUUCGACUACGCCUUUAGCGUGUUUGCAUUGAUCUUCUUCCCCGAUCAACUCAAGGGUGCCAAGGAGAUGUACCGUGUGUUGCAUCCUGGUGGCAAGGCGGCCAUUACCUCGUGGUCCCAGUCAUCGCCCAUUGGCUCGUCGAUGGGUGCAUGCCUCACUCGUUUGUACAGCGAGGCUGGCCUGGCAGUCCCACCUCCACCCGCCUACUUCCCCGUCUCAUCACUCGCCGACACCAAGGUGUUUGAGAAGCUGCUGGUCGAUGCUGGCUUUAAGAACGUCCAGAUCACACCAUCGGCUCAGUCGUUCGACAUUGACAUUGACACAUUCAUCAAGUUCCUCGACUCCAACCCCGUGAUCACCAACACCAAGGCUUCAUUGCCAGAGAGUAUCCGCCACAAGUUCAACGACACCUUUGCCGCGACCCUACGCGAGAAGUUCACAAAUGGUCAGUUGGGCGGUGAGUACCUUGCCUACAUUGCUGUUGCUGAGAAGUAA